GCUUCAUUUUCGCUCAACAGUCACCGCAUUCAUGACGCCGCAUCUCUAACGACUCUGUCACGAUUCUCUCACUCUUUUCUAAUACACAGGCUUUUCGAAUAUACCCGCAUCUUCAAUUUGGUCUUCAAAAUCCCAAGUCUAUCAUGACUCGCAUCACGAGCGAAUCUAUCACUUCGUACUCGCGUCCUAGCCACAGGAUACGGCAGAACAAAUCCCGGAAAUACUCUACAGCUCCUGUGGUCAAAUCGGAACUAAAGGAGGAACAACUUGACGAUAUUACACUCUCUAUUCUCGCUUCUCCUUCACGGGAGUUAGGAUGGAAAGAAGUAGACUAUUUGGACGCCUCGUCGUGGUCCAAAGACGAAAUCAUCAAACAUCUCAUCACCAACUCGUUUUCCGUCCCAGGACGCACGCACCGCUCGAAAUGGGCUACCAUCACUUCGGCGGACGGCUCGACGACCGUAGUUCCGAACCUAUACCGGAUACCGUUGAUGUUCGUGGGCCAAUUCAUGUGGAGUUCGCUACGGUUGGUCUUAGGUGACGAUAAGGAGUGGGCCGAGUUCAAGACGGGGAUCCUCCACGUAUCGAGGCUCUGCGAAGCGUUUCUGGGCGAAGUGAGGCGAGCAAUGAGUGAGGGUAUAGGCAGGAGCUGGAGGUGUGCGAUUUUUGAUACAGCGCUGGUUAGGUAUCGUAUGGGAUGGUUGUUAUCCGAACCGAAGCAUUUGAAGGAGUUUUGGGAGAUGUAUGGCGAGGAGGAGUAUCGGAAGGAUGUCGUCAAAUUUGAUUGGAAGAAACUGGUGUUAAGAGGAAUCAAGGGAUUCAAGCUCGACGAGGAGCAGGUCGAAGAUGGAAUUACAGCGAUCCAGUGGAUGAGCGGGCUGAAGGAACUCAGUGGUGAUUGGUUCUGGGAUACGAGCGACAAUCCACUUUCUGGGAAGAAUGCUUCCGAGUAUCUGGAAUCUUGGCAGCGUACGAAGACCUGGGAAAUGUCGCCUCCUCCCAUAUUACCCACCCAUAAUGAAGCUGUUCCAGUAAAGCCGCAACCCCAGUCGGGGGCAUGUUGCACUGCGAAUGCGGCAACUAUCGAUAUCAACUGGGAUUCUCUCGCCUUGACUGUCUCCUCUCCGUCACCCGAACUCUUCAGGCUUCUGUAUCGAAAGUUGCAAUUACAGGACGAGCGCAUCGCUGUACUGGAGAAGGAGGUUUCCAUGCUCAGCGCUUUGCAGGCAGUCAAAACACCCGUAGUCAUUCCCGACUCUGCACCAAUCUUUGUCCCCACCCAGAAUUUCCUCGAAAUGUCAGAUCCGGACUGCACGGCGGGAUUUUGGAAUGAUCCAUUGGAGAAGUUCUUGGACAUGGAUAUGGAUGAGGUUACAGCGGAUGUUAAGAAUGAGUCUGAUAUAGAGAGGGUGGAAAUCUCGUCGAUCCCAGGACAGAAAGACGAUAUAACUUCUGCGCCAAUCAAAUCUUUGCGCAAACUACAAAGGAUGGAAGGCUAAGUGCCGGUUUCUUUUAUUCGGAUUUUUCUCUUCUAUAGUUAUUGUUAUUUCUUUGUUUCCGCCUACCUCUGCAUUCACAGGCCAUCAGCAUGGCCUCGACAUCUCACCUGGCUUACGCCGGCUCCUUGACGUUUCAUUCAAGAGGUAUGCACACUCAGCUAGAUACUGAUAAACUUGAUGUGAUGACUCGACGGAGAGGCCCGCACGGCUGAACGGUUCUCCGUGUUAAUCAUACCUAACUUUUCAUUGCAUGGGAAACCCAUGAUGCUGCCAAAUCCGAACAACCGCUAAUGGUAGUGGUGGCGGUAGUGUUACGGCUCCAGGUCCCAAUACGGAACAGCCGGGUCCACAGCCCUGCCAUGGCGAGCCACGUGCGCUGGUACACGCUUCGGAACAGAUGUUUUUUCCGUCAGUAU